AUGGCCGAGAUCCGCAAUCGCUCCAACGGUGCGACCCGCGAUCUUGACGCCGCGCGGGCAGCUUACGAUGUCGGCGACAUCGACGCCUCCAGGGCCGCGCACGAGGCCAAGAUUCACGGCGACGAGCAUCACGCCGGGGAUGCCGGCAAGUACGUCAAGAGCCUGGUGUUUGGCGGUCUCGAUGGCAUCAUCACCACGUUCGCGGUCGUCGCCGCGUCCGUGGGCGGCAGCCUGAGCAGCGACGUCAUCCUGCUCAUGGGCUUCGCCAACCUCAUCGCGGACGGCCUCUCGAUGGGCUUCGGGGACUACCUCUCGUCGCAGGCGGAGGUCGACUACACGAAGGCGGAGCACAGGCGGGAGAAGUGGGAGCUGGAGAAUUAUCCCGAGGGUGAGAAGCGCGAGAUGGUGGAGCUGUACAUGAAGAGGGGCAUGACGGAGGAGGACGCCGUGUCCGUCAUCGACGUGAUGGCCAAGUACAAGAAUUUCUUCCUCGACGUCAUGAUGGUCGAGGAGCUCGGGCUGAUGCCCCCGGACGAGGACGACUCGCCUUGGAAGAACGGUGUGGUGACGUUCGCGUCGUUCGUCUUCUUCGGUUUCAUCCCCCUGCUGUCGUAUGUCCUUUCCAGCGCGACGGGCGCGAGCGACUCUGUCAACUUUGUCGUCGCGUGUAUCCUGACGGGUGUCACGAUGUUCCUGCUGGGCGCGGCCAAGGCGAAGUUCACCAACCAGAGCAUGCUUCGGUCGGCGCUGCUGAUGUUGCUCAACGGAGGGAUGGCGGCGGUGGCGGCGUACCUGGUGUCGUGGGGCAUCGCCAGCGCCAUGGGUGGCGUGAAGGAGACUGCGUGA